AUGGAAGUAUCAACUAUUGAUAUUAACAGGAUUGCGACGUUUAGGAAAGCAUUAUCAGCUAUGUCGAAGAUAAAUGAGUCUUUCGUAUUUGUUGGAUCGAAAGAAAAGAUCUCUCUUCGUACAGUAAACAGUACUGAAAGUAUUUUAUGUUCUAUCGACUUCAAUACUGCCUUCUUUGACUCGUAUUCUUUCUUAUUGGGCGAAAGCAUCAUUGUAGAAGUCCCAUUCACAUACAUAGUUCAGAUUCUAAGAAUGAAUUGGGAUACAAUGAAGAUCUCGUUGAAUUCAAGAGAAAAGAUCACAUUUACGUUCCAAGAUCAGUUCGGAUCAAUACAUAGAUUCGAUAUAUUUGCAUCCAAUGCAGUUAUCAUGGAUACAACUGUAGAUCCGGCUGCAUUCUCAGUAAUUGACUGUAAUGCGGACGUUCUCGAAGAUGUUUCGAACAUUUUAAGUCAAUCAAGCAUAUCAGUGAUUGAUUUGUCAUCUAGGUACUUCCAAAUAAUGUCAGAAGAUCUCAGUACAGUAAUAUUGAAGGUAAAACAAUCGGAAAAGGUCAGAGUAGAUGCGAGAUUCAAUAGCAAGAAGAAGAUGAUCUUUGGAGAUAUGAUAACAGCAUUGAAAAUUGCGAAAAAAUUCUCUGAUAAGGUAAUUUUGUCGAUUUACGAUGAAGGACCGAUCGUUGUUUCAGCAGAUAUUGCUGGUAUUAUAUCAAUGCAGACAAAGAUCGCAACAAUGGAUGUUCAGAGUAAUAACACAGAAAAAGAUGAAAAUGAAGAAUCAAUCUUGACAACUCCUGAGAUAUAUCGCAAUAAAGAAGCAUCCAGAGUUAGAGUUGAAGCUCCUCCUUCAUCUGCACGUGAACAGAGAGACAAACAAAAGAAGAGAAUUUACUCAUAA